AAUAAUAAAGUGAAGAAAAUUUAACAUAUAUAUCAGAUUUAUUACUAUUCGAGAUUAAUUUAAUUAUUAUAGAUGUCAAACUUGAACAGACAAAUCAAGUAAUAGAGAAACACAUAAGAAAUGAAAAUGGAAGCAAGACUUGAUAUAGAGAGAAUUAUAUCUCCACAUCAGUUAUUCUAAAUUUAUAAAAAAUAAUUGCAAAAUUGAUUUAUAUGUGAACUCAAAAUAAUGAAUAUGAUACAUAAAUAAAUAUAUGUAUAUAUAUAGACAUACAUAUGUAUACAUAUAUCAACUAUACGAUAGAAUGUGAUAAAGUACAAAAGUUAUGUUAAGUUCAUGGUAUUGUGUAAAAGGACAGCAGUGCAAGAACAUUUCAAUAACAUUUUGAUGAUGUAUGAACAAGUAACGACUUAUUAAUCGUUUUGUAUCUUGUUUUAUCGCGUUAAUUUUAAGUUAAGUAUUCUUGUCCGGUUUUCGUAAAACUAAUUUUUACACUUUCAAUACAAUAGUACCUCUAUAUGAGAGGUUAUAUUUUACAAAACACAUAAUUACAUUUACAUCUUUUACUAAAAAAGUUCGAACGUAUUAUAUUAAAUAAAAAUGACAAUAAAUUUUCUUAUGAUUUUCAGAGGAUAUUUAAUUUUUUUAGUACAAUAAGUGAUUUAUGAAAUAAACAUAGAAAUGCUUCCUAACAUACAUGAUAAAGAUUACAGAGUUUUGGAUUUAGUACGUCAACGUGAAAUACGGGAUUCAGUGGCAUAUGCAGUUUCUCAGAAGUUACAUGUGACAGAAAAUUUGAUAUCCCGGUUAGGACUUGAAAAAGAAUUAGUUGGUCAUACAGGAUGUGUUAAUUGUUUAGAAUGGAAUGAAAGUGGGCAAAUUCUUGCUUCAGCAUCUGAUGAUAUGAAUAUUAUAUUAUGGGAUCCAUUUCGAUAUGAAAAGAAGUUAAUACUUCGUACACGUCAUCAUGGAAAUAUAUUUUCUGUUAAGUUCAUGCCAAAAUCAAAUGAUAGGAUAUUGGUAUCAGGUGCUGGAGAUGGAAAAGUACGAGUUCGUGAUCUUACGCUUCUUGAACCAAUAUUUUCAUGUAAUUGUCAUAUAGGUCGUGUAAAACGUAUUGCUACUGCAACUACUGUACCUUUUCUUUUUUGGAGUGCUGCAGAAGAUGGUCUUAUUUUACAAUAUGAUAUUCGUGCUCCUCAUAGUUGCAAAAGCAAUGGCUGUAAUAGUGUAUUAGUAAAUCUUGUUAAUCAUGCUGGUCGAUAUGCAGAAGGCAAGUGUAUUUCUGUGAAUCCAAAAAAACCUGAACUAAUAGCUAUUGGAGCCAAUGAUGCAUAUAUACGAAUGUAUGACCGUAGAAUGAUUAAGCUUUCUCAGGUGCCUAUUUCGUCUCCACAUAGUAACUGGACAAGAGGAAAUGUAUGUAUACGUCUAGCUGGUGGAGGUGAUCCAGAUGAGAAUGUACCACUGGGUUGCGCACAGUACUUUAUCGCGGGCCAUCUGCAUUCUCGGCAACGUGACAGUAAUAGAAGUCUCACUACUACAUAUUUAACCUUCAGUGCUGAUGGAAACGAGCUACUUGUUAACAUGGGUGGUGAACAAAUUUAUUUAUUUGACAUCAAUAAUCCAAAAAAUUUGAAGACUUGCUUUGGUUACUCCUCAAAUAUGUAUUUGGGAGAUUUUGAAAAGUGCAGUAUGGCAAAUCAUGAAGAUAUUGCAGAUUUUACGAACAAAAACAUUAAAAUCCUACCACCACAUGUUGAAGAAUUAAAACGUCAAGCAAAUGAAAGCUUUGAACAACAAAAGUACACAUUGGCAAUUAAUUUAUACAAUAAAGCAAUCUGUUAUUGUCCUACUGCUGCUGUGCUUUUUGCUAACAGAGCUGCAGCAUAUAUGAAAAGAACUUGGGAUGGUGAUAUAUAUGCUGCUCUUAAAGAUUGUCAAACAACAUUGCUUCUCGAUCCUGGACAUGUAAAGGCUCAUUUUAGAUUGGCUCGUUGUCUCUUUGAUUUACAUCAAUCAGUUGAAGCUGAUAAAAUAAUUAAAGACUUUCAACAAAAAUUUCCGGAAUAUGCAUCUAACUCUGCGUGUAAAGCAUUAAAAAUGGAUAUAAAAGAAGCUAUAGAUUCUGGUAGAGAUAUUGAUAUGAAUCAAUUAAUGAUUCAAAUAUCAGAAUAUGAACAAGAAUGGCGACGCAAUACAAUUGAUUACAAAAUGAGGUUUUGUGGGCAUUGUAAUACUACAACUGAUAUAAAGGAAGCUAAUUUCUUUGGGAACAAUGGUCAAUAUAUUGUGGCGGGAUCAGAUGAUGGAUCUUUCUUUAUUUGGGACCGUAAUACCACAAAUAUUAUACGUGUACUAAGAGGAGAUGAACGCAUUGUAAAUUGUCUUCAACCUCAUCCAUCUACAUGCUUACUAGCUACUAGUGGUAUUGAUCCAGUAGUUAGAUUAUGGAGUCCUUUACCUGAGGAUGGUAGCAUAAAUGAAAGAGAAAUUCAGAAUUUAGAAGAUGCUGCAUCUGCAAAUCAAAUACGCAUGAAAAGUGAUCCAUUUGAAAUAAUGCUUAUGAAUAUGGGGUAUAGAUUUCCUGUUCAGCAGACUGAACUGAAUGAAGAUGGUGAUGAUAAUCAAGAUCAAUCAAUUGUGCAACCUUUAAAUUGUAGACCAAGUUAAAUUUAAAGACAAAAUCUGAAAAGUGACGUUGACUUUUCCAUAAAUAACCUAUCAAAAAAUAUUUGGUAAAGUGUUAAAAAUAUAAAUUUUGAAAAGAGAAGAAAAUAGUUGUACUAAAUAGUUGUGAAAUUCCUAUCAUCGACUUCUUUUAUAUAUAAUAAAAAUGGGCAUAGAUAUGUGAAGAGAUAACACAUUAAAAACAGACAAUAGUUAUGGCAUAAUAUAAUUGAUUGUAUUUUACACACAUAAUACUUAUAUAUAUAUGUUUAUUAUAUCUAUGUUUUUUGUAUAAAUUUAACUGCUAAACAUUAAAUAGUUCAAAGAAAUGAAAAUUAGGAAAAAAUGUAGAAUAAUAUAUUUUAUUGUAAUAAUUUUUUUACAUUAAUUUAAAAUAUAAUUUUAAUUUAUAAAUAAAUAAAAAAUUAACUUUUAUAUUUA